CGGAGUUUCUUGUUAGUGUGAAGCUGUGAACUAAAAGUUGAGGUCGCCUGUACUUGUGAACUUCCCACCGCCAGGCCGUCAUGUUUUUGUUCGAAUCACGAAAAUGAUACUAACCACUUAACCAGUGACCAAUUUUUACGUUUUCUGUCAAAAAAUUUCUCGUGUGCUACUUCAGCCAAAAGCAUAUUUUGUUAUCACCCGUCAUUCAUCUUUAAGACAUUCCUCAACGAAGAGCUGCUUUCACAAAAAAAGUGAGGAGGGCAAAAACCUUUCGAUUGAAUGCCGGAAGCUUCUUGACGACAACAGCAGACGGCGACAGUUUGUACUGACGAGAGGAACACUUUAAUCAAUACCAUCAUGGACCAAAAUAUAACCGUGUCACAUCAGAACACAUCUUUCUAGCCAACUAUCUCAUAUCCGUCAUCGACGGAUUUCCUUCGCGAGUACGUACAAGUAGCCAGACAUAGGCCAUACAAUGGAUCACAGCGAUUUAGUGGCGGAGCUUCCGCGUAUCGAAAAGUUGACUGCUGCUGAAAGGCUUAAAAUUGCUCGUGAUCGGCGGGUGAAUCAAAUCUUACGCCAUGAGCAAUAUGAGAGGGAUUUCCCGCUCUCCGUGAAAAAGGACAAGUUCUUUUCCAAUCACCGGAGUAAUAAGAGAACCGGACAGAACAGAGGAAUCCACUUUGUUCACAGUGUCAUUCUUUUGGAAGCCGCUGCUCGCAACGAUAUAGAAGAAGUGAGGAGACUUUUGCUACAGGGAGUAUGUCCUGAUUCCCAAAAUGAGGAUGGAUUAACUGCCCUACACCAGUGUUGCAUUGACGAUAGCGAAAGCAUGAUGAAGCUUUUGCUGGAAUUCGGGGCCAAUGUGAAUGCGGAGGAUUCUGAGAAAUGGACACCACUUCAUGCAGCAGCUACGUGUGGCCAUCUGCACCUCGUCAAAUAUCUCAUUGGCCAGGGAGCCAAUAUGCUAGCCGUAAACGCGGAUGGCAACAUGCCCUACGAUAUCUGUGAGGAUGAGCCUACGUUGGACUACAUAGAAUCGGAAAUGGCACGAGAGGGUGUUACACAGGAGCUAAUUGACGAAAUCCGGGCAUCAACAGAAAAACGGAUGCUGACAGAUCUAAAGAAUUUGGCUGCGCAAGGAGAGAGCCUGGAAUACGUAGAUUACGUAGGAGCAAGACCUCUACACAUUGCCGCGGCCAAUGGUUAUUUGUCAGUUGUAGAAUUCCUUCUGGAUCAGCACGUCACCACUGACAGCAGUGACAAUGACGGUUGGCAACCAAUUCAUGCUGCUGCGUGUUGGGGACACUUAGAAAUCGUUGAGCUUCUCGUUCAGAAUGGAUCCGAUCUCAAUGCCCAAACUAAGAAUCACGAAACACCUUAUGACAUUUGCGAAGAUCCUGAGAUGAAAUCGAGGAUUGCCGCAUUGCGAACCGAACAAGAGAGUCGAGCCCGUGCUGGCAAUCAAAAGACAAAACGGACUCAAUCGACAUCGACAAAUACUCGAACACAUUCGAUCCGCCGCAAUUCAACACGAGACAAAGGCCAAAUAUCCAAGAGGCAGAUCAAGAAUGAAGCCAUAUUCGUCAUUCAUCAAGAUGAUGAGAGACGUACGAACCAUCAAAACUCAAAUGACAAAACAAAGGCUGACGAUCAGAGUCAAAGAACAACAGCGUCUGCUGACGCCGAUGCUCACACGACUGCAUCCUUUUCAAGUCGCUUGAUCAAUAGCAACAAACGACAUGCUCCUCCACCGCCUCCGCCAUCGUCUUCGUACAAAGCUGAUACCGGUUGCGACUCAAUGCAGCCGCAGUUCAUAUCGUCACCUAUCCUGACCACAUCAGCUGUUAACGACAGCACGAUCGACAUUCACGUUUCAGUUACCAUUAACACAAAGAGCCCUGGGGUUAACAGUCGAUCCGUACCACCACCACCUCCUCCUCCGACUACCAGCGUGUUGUCCUGUUCAUCGUCUUCGUCAUCAUCAUCUGUUUUAUUACCUCAACUUUUACCAUCCGUCCACCCGGUGUUGUCCUCUUCAGCUCUGCCAGCAGUCCUUUAUCCGGUGCCUUCCUUGUCUGGCGGGGCGUGCACGUUAGCUGACUUAAAGAAACAGCGUUCGCUCUUCCGUGUUAGUGGAGGUGGAGGAGUCUUUGAUUCUGUAGACUCACCUCACACGAAUUCAACGCUAAGAUCUGUUAAAUCUCAAAAAAGUGCUAUCUCAAAUUCUUUCGUUAUCCAACCUGAAACAGAGCUUAAUGUCACAAAAUCACCUUCAUCUGGGAACGUUAGCAACGGCAACCCGUCGCCUUCCAAUACGUGGUCGUCUGCUACGAAGAAAGAUGCAAUCGACGACGCCAAUUCCACCGUAACAAGCAAUGCCAGCCAAUCAGCUUCCCUGCCAAAAUAUCAAGGUGAAACGACCGAAUUAGUGGGUAAAAAGAAUGCUUCUUCAUCUUGUUGCACCUUGUCAUGAACAAAAACUCCUUCGACCAACGACGUCCAUAUCGUAGCGUGAUUGACAAACUGACCAAAUAGUUAUUUGAAACAUUGCGACAAAACCUUUUUUUUUCCAAGCAAUACCUUAGGAAUCACAAUUUUGACAAUUGAUAUUUAAUUUAUCGACAUAUCCUUUCACAAGAUUUUGUAGGGACGUAAAAUUGUUGCAUUUGAGUGCAUUGCCACUACUUGAUUGAUCAGUGAAUGCCAAUAGUUAUACAUAUGACUAACACACAGUACUUGUACAUUCCCUAUGGUCAACACAUUUGACUUUUGUUCUAGCAAUAAUUAAUUUUAUGUUUUGGUGUCAAUAUCAUUGAGUAGAUCAAAUUGUUUAAAACUAGUAGGCAUAAUAAUGCUACGUACGCGUGAAAAGGUCCCAUAAACAGUGCCUGUUUUGUUUGUUUUGUAUAAGAGAACAAAUUUGAAUAAAAGGUAAUCUUUAAAGUUAA